GAUUGCGAACAACGCGAAAAUAAACUCACUUUCUGCCAGGGCUUUAUAAAUGUUUAUAUUUUCCUCUCGCAUUACAUUAGUUUUUUUCUCCGGUGAAAUUUUGAUAUUAAACUUAUCAAAAGUGGAUUCCAGCAGUAUUAAAAUUGACUUUCGCUUAUGGCAAACGCUGAAUAAUAGACUACUGCUUUCCGGUCGAUGAAAGCUACCGCGUACCGAUCAGUGUCACAGGAUUCAUUCGACCAUAGUUCUUGGGGCUACGCAAGUGGCGUACGUGAGUUUUGUUGUCGGAAGCUGCAGUGAUAGUGCAAAUGCUAAACAACCAGAUUUUUCCUAAAUAAAAUAAAUACACAUCGAAUACCUACAUCAAGGAGAGGACGCAUUUUAACGCCGGUAACUGUGGAGUCGCCCGGAAGAAGUAUCGAUUUUGUAUUCAAGUGGACGAAAGCUGCAGUUACCAAUUAUAAAUUACAAAGCACAAAGAAAUGGCAGUUGGAUCACUGUAGGAAGGAGAUACUGCCCCUUGGCUCGUGUACGCACAGUUUUGCUACAGUGUUACAUUUAAGAUCCUUAUUUUAAACAACGAUGCCUAUUGACGAAGUACAACAACAAUCUCAGCAGCAACCUCAAACGAAUCAAACGGACCAAUUAACACCGGCGAGGGCUCCACCGGACGAGGAAGAAGAGGACGACGAAGACGAUGAUGAUGACCUUGGAACUGCAGGCGAUCCCACUGACGGUGCUCGAAGCUAUUCCAGUACACAGGUGGCCUCGGCUGGUGGCGGAUUCUAUGAGGAGGACGAAGAGGAAGAAGAGGACGAAGUAGAAGAACAACCGGGACUGAGACAACUAUUUGCACCAAUCGGUAAGUCUUCAAUGAACGGAAUUUUACAUUCUAAACUCGAAUUAUUAUCAUACCCAGCGGAUACGCAAGCUCAGAGCGAAGAUGAAGAGGACGGCGACUACAUUCCGGACGAGGAGGUCAAAAAGACCAUCAUGGUGGGUAGUGACUUCCAAGCGGCCAUACCUGAGGGUCUCUGCCGGUACGAUGACGCGCUACCUUACGAGAACGAAGAUAAACUGCUGUGGAAUCCGACGGUGUUGGGCGAGAGCCUCAUUGAGGAGUACUUGAAAAAAAUAGCUGCGGCGGCGAGCAGCAACACGGGGGCACCACAUACAAAUAAUGUAUUCUCGAUACCUUUGGGGAAGCACCUACGGGACGACGAGCAGGGACUUUAUCUGUUGCAGCAGUGUGGGCACAAUAUUGACGAAGCGUUACGGAGGCGACGGAUAAAUGCGUUGCCCGUGGCUGAGCAGCAGAUGAGCAUCUGGUCCGAGGAGGAGUGUAGGAAUUUUGAAAAUGGCCUUCGGAUACACGGGAAGGACUUUCACAUGAUUCAGCAGUCGAAGGUUCGCACCCGCUCCGUCGGCGAAUUGGUCCAGUUCUACUACCUAUGGAAGAAAACUGAACGGCACGACCUGUUCGCCAACAAGGCUCGCCUCGAGAAGAAAAAGUACAACCUUCACCCGGGGUUGACAGACCACAUGGACCGGUUCCUGGAGGAGCAGGAAAAUAGCACCGGCUUCGGCGAUAGAAGCUCGUCCCCCGGGUUCGCUAGUUUGUAUGUGGGUGCGCCGGAAACCAAGCGGCAGCGCCUGAUGGAUUCGAAAGACCACUCAGCCAGCACAGGAUCGUCGAAAAGGUCUUCGUCAGCACUGUGACUCAGUCCUGCGGUGUUCCCCUCUGGGAGGGGACCACUAGCUAAGUAAACAUAACAUCAUUCAAAAAGGGAAGAACCUACAGAACACGGCAAACACAAGGUAGUAGCUGAAUGGCGUACGAGCGCCACCAAACAAGCGGAACAAAAAAAAUGGGAUAGAAGAAAACUAGCCGUGCCGCACCGUAUACAUACAUUGCACUCUUGAAGCUUGUCUUGGAUAUGGCAAAUAGGGGACAACUUCUUUGGGAAAGCAAAAGAAAAAUAGCAGCAAAAGAACAGCCGAACUUUUAAGAAAGCACAUUGGUACUGCAACCCAGUUCGUGUCGCAAGCACUGACAACUUUUCGAUCUGAGAUAGAUUUUCGUUUUGUUUUAGCUAUUUCUCCGCUUAUGCACAAGAGCAAUACGUAUUGUGUGAAGAAAGUGCUAUUUAUCUGUAUUAAGUUGUAAGAUGUGAUUUGGUUUUAUUGACACAUUUUUAAAAUGGAAAGUAUUUGUUAAUAGCAGUCAUCGUACGAGGACGUUGAGGGCCAAGCAAUCGUUUCGUAGCACGUCAUAGAAGAUUAUUUAAGAUUCCAAUUGGACGUAGAUAAUAACUCUCUCAAAAAUCUUUGUGCUGAAAAUUGAAUCGGAAUCAAAAUUAUUCGGUUAGCCGAGAAAAAAAUCACUGAAUGUAAAGAAUUGUGCGAUAAAAAAAUGGAAAUUUUCUUUGGAAUUGCAAUUGUAUGAAAACAAUAUAGUCCAAAAUUUAAACUUGA